AUGGGCUUCCUCGAUUUCGCUAAUGCUGCAGGACUGUCCAGUAUGCGAUCUCCUACUUUGUGUAGCAUCAUGUUGCCUCUGGACACAUGGACUCGUACCAGAAGCUAUAUAGCAGGGUACGGUCCGUCUCAGGCUGACGUCGCCUGCUUCAAGGCCAUCAAAGCAACACCCGAAGCCGCCAAGUUUCCCCAUGCCUACCGUUGGUACAGGCACAUCGCAUCCUAUGAAUCAGAAUUUCCCUCGCUUCCAGGAGACCCAUCUAAAGCAUAUACCACGUAUGGGCCCGAGCAGAGCGAAUUGACAGUCAUUCCUAAAGGUGCACCUGAUGCAGAGGAGGAAGAGGAGGAUCUUUUCGGCAGCGAUGAGUCGGAGGAUGAGGAAGCCAAACGCAUCAAAGAAGCUAAUCUAGCGGCCUACAAGAAGAAGAAAGAAGGAAAGACAAAGCCAGCCGCCAAAAGCUUAGUAACACUAGAUGUGAAGCCAUGGGAUGAUGAAACCAACAUGAAAGAGCUUGAAUCCCACACGAGGGCAAUUGAAAUGGAUGGGUUGGUAUGGGGGGCUUCCAAGCUUGUUCCGGUGGGUUAUGGUAUCAGCAAGCUGCAGAUCAACUUGGUGGUGGAGGAUGACAAGGUAUCGCUUGAAGAUCUACAACAGCAGAUAGAAGGCAUUGAGGAUCAUGUUCAAUCGACCGAUGUUGCUGCUAUGCAGAAGUUGUAG